AUGUCCAAGCUCUUCCUCCUGGUCGUCCUCGCACUCGUUGAGUGCGCUCGUAGUGAUGCUCUUUCGGCUACGUCAGAUGGACAGCUGACCAAGCUAGCAACGCCGAACGAAGACUUAGCCACUCAGUCGGAACAGGACGGUAAACGGAUACUUCGAGCGACCGGUGCUCGUACUCCAUCCGGAGGCUGGGAUGGACUUCUUCCGUAUGCAAACUCGAAGAUCAAGGCUAACUACGGAGCUGUAUCGAAGAUGUCCAAGAAGUCGGGACACAAGAAAAAACCCGCUAAAGGGUUAUUUCGUAAAAAAAAAAAACCAUUCGGCACUCGGGUCAUGGACAAGAUCAUUUUUGUGCCAAAGUGGGUCGUCAAACAAGUCGUGGCGUUCUUGAGGAUCAUUUUCGGAUCAAAGUAG